GGAACCCUCGCACAUCUACCAAGGCAGCUUUCCACACCCACGCACACUCAUACACACUCCCCUCUCUCUCAAACAGUGCGGAUUUGUGUGUCUCUCCCCGUUUAUUCAUACAACGCGAUAGAACUCGUCCCUUUUUUGUUGUUUUUCCUCAUCCUCCCUUCUCUCUUGAUCGGCGAAAUGCAGUGGCUUGACAACUACGGGGAUCACCAGUACGACGGCCGCGCUGUCCGUCGCUGGCUGGAGGACAACGUUGACGUGUGCGUGUACAUUGCCGGGGCCUACCUGGCCUUUGUCUUCACCGGUCCCAAGAUCAUGGAGGCCCUCUUCCACGGUAACCCGCCGCUGGGCAUCAUCAAAAAGUGCUGGGCUCUCUGGAACGUUUCUCUAUCUGUCUUCUCCAUGUACGGCGUGCUGCGCGUCGGGCCGCCGGUGGUCCGCAGCCUCUCCAAGCGCGGCCUGCACGACUCCCUCUGCACCUUUCGGGAGGAGGAGUUCUACACGACGAAGGUCGGCUUCGCCCUCGGCAUGUUCGCCAUCUCGAAGGUGCCGGAGUUUAUGGACACCGUCUUCUUGCUCAUGCGCGGCGUGCGUCUGUCCUUCCUCUCGUGGUUCCACCACGUCACGACCUUCCUGUUUGCGUGGUACAGUUACCAGCAAGGAACUAGCAUCUUUAUCCUCGCCGCCGCCAUGAACUACUUUGUGCACUCCAUCAUGUACGCGUACUUCGCUCUCUCGGAGGCGGGCUACAAGAACCUCGUGAAACCGUUUGCCAUGUACAUCACGCUGCUGCAGAUCACGCAGAUGGUCGGUGGUCUCUUCGUCUCGAGCUACGUGGUGUACCAAAAGGUCUCCUACGGUGAGUCGGCCUGCUCCGGCACGUCCAUGUCGGCCGGCCGCACGCAGCUGGUCAUUUACAUCUUCAACUUCUACCUCUUCUCGGAGAUGUUCGUGAAGGGCUACAUCCUGCCUCGCAAGGCCCCUGCCCCCCGCGCCUCGACGUCGAAGAAGACGGCGUAA